UUAUUUAUUAUUAGUUGUUACAUAAAUUAUUGUUAGGUGAUACAUAUGGUAGAGUAUUAUGCGAUAUAUACAGAAUUAACAUUAUUUAUAAUUUCUGGUAGCCAUAUUCAUCCUGUAUGUUUAACAUCCAACAUGGGCGUUUCUUUUGUCGUCUGCAAAGUGUCAAAUACUUUGCGCACAACAAAAAUGCUCAGAACCAGUGAUACUUUUUAGCUGUUCAGAAAAGUUAAAAAGUCGUUCAUGAUUCUUACCAUUGCCAAAUGCUUUGGAGUGAACGUACGACAUAUAUUUGUUCAAGAAAAUUGUAAUUUUACUCGGUGUUGGCUAUGACUCAGUACCAAAGGGCAUCUUUUCAAGGUAUCGCGACUUUGUUCGAAUAAUUAAGUUAACAUCGAAGGAGAUAAAGUACAUGGCCUCUGUGAGAUUGAAAAUUACAAUUUCAUUCGUCAAAAUAAUAUGAGCCCCAUUUAAAUUGACAUUAAAAUGCUGCUAUAAAAUGAGAAGGUUAUGCUUGAUCGUAAAACGAAAAUUACGAUAUUAAAGUGUUUUAAAUAAUACAAUUAUUUACUGCACACGAAUAAUACGAAGUUGCAAAUCCUGAGUGAGCGUAUAUUGUUUGCUUAAGAUGUAUCUAAUAUGAGAAAAGUGGAUUGACUUAUUUGGUAUCAGAAUCAGCUGAUUCCUACAUUGACAAAGGAUCCCUGAUACAUUCGAUGUUUAACGAAUGAAGAAUUGAAUUAUCUGAUGUCGAAAAUAGUGAUAUAUGAAGGAUAUACAUAUAUAUCAUAUUUUUGAACAUAUAGUUUCUUCGUUAUUCUAAAAAGAUAAAGAUUGAAAGAUGUCAGGAAACAAUUCUGCUACAGUAGGUACACUUAGAGGUGGUAAUCUACAAAAUCGUAAUUCUCAAAGAUCUACACUUUUAAAAGUGGUGAUUCUGGGUGAUGGUGGUGUUGGCAAAUCUUGUCUUAUGAAUAGAUUUGUAUCAAAUCACUUUGAUGAACAUAGUUUUCAUACAAUUGGAGUAGAAUUUUUAAACAAGGAUAUUGAUAUUAACGGAGAGGCAUAUACAUUGCAAAUAUGGGAUACAGCUGGACAAGAAAGAUUUAAGACCCUUAGAACUCCGUUCUAUAGAGGCUCUGAUAUCUGCCUUUUAACAUAUGCGGUAGAUGAUAGAACAAGUUUUAAAAAUUUAGCACUUUGGAGAUCUGAAUUCCUUUAUUAUGCUGAUGUUCAAGAAGGAUCAACAUUUCCAUUUAUAGUUGUUGGGAACAAAGUGGAUGUUCCAGAUUCUGAGAAACAAGUUUCUACAGAAGAAGCUCAAGCUUGGUGUGCAGAAAAUGGGGACCCUCCAUUAGUAGAAACAUCUGCAAAGGAUGCAACCAAUGUUGAAGCAGCAUUUGGUGCAGCUGUUGCUGCUUGGGCACAACUUGAAGCUAGACUAGAAAGACCAUUAGUAGAAGAUACUGUUGAUCUUUCAAAACAACAAUCUCCUCAUCGUUCAAGUUGUUGUAUGCCUGUGUCUGGUGCUGAGUCUAACAAAAUUAUUUGAAGAGAUUUCUUGCCUGUCUGCAAUACUUUCCUCAUAAUAAGGUGAAUUUUAAUGCUGAAAGUUGUUUUUGUCUAUUUUAUUUUUAGUGACACUAAGUGUUUCUUCCGUUGCCAAUGUGAACGUAUAUAGAUAUUUUUAUAAAUUCAUAUGAUUUUAUUUAUUCUUACAAACAUUUUUCAGUUUCGUUAAAAUAUGCAAAUUGAAGUUAUAUUUGCGCGGAAAAAAAUAAUACUUUAUGGUUGAUAUUUCCAGAAUACAACUGUAAACUGUAAGGUCAAAUUGAACGUCCUGCUCGUAUCACGCUUUGUGCAGUUCGCGAGCUACAGACAGUAUUUUAAGUAUUUCAGACAUUAUUGGCUUGUGAUAAAAUAAUAAUAGUAAUAACCAUGAUCAUCAACUGCUUUACAAAUAAGGAAUAGAUAUAAAAUGUAAUUUAGCUUUGUAAUCUAAAUUUGCCUUAUCUUCGCAGCACAAACUAAGGGCAGUGGUAGUAAUAUAUAUUUAUCACAAAAUCCUCUGAAUCAUCUUUAUAUAUACAUAUAUAUAUGAUUUUGAAAUAUCUACACUAUAAAAAAACAUACUCUGCUGCUCUUGGAAUGUCCUGCAAUCGGUGUUUAAAGAUUUUCCUACAAAGUGAAUAAUAUUAUAAACACAUCAAAUAAAGCUUUUUGUACAACCUUGUACGUA